CCAAACGAAGAGCCCAAGCUGACACAGGGAAAAAAAAGGGCCCGUGCCGAAACAACCAUCACCAUCCAUCCUCCUUUUUCUUUCAAUAAACCCAUCGUCGUCACUUCUGGCUCCAUUCUCUCCAUCACGCCCUUCCGACACCGCUCGACUCGCCGCCUUCACCAUGCGCCUCCUCCCUCUCCUCUCCACCGGCGCCCUGGCCGUCUCCGUGCCCCAGCCAUGCCUCUCCUCUAACGCGGCCGCGCUCGCCCAACGCGCCAACUGCCCCGACCAGGCCUACCUCACAUCCUGUCUGCAGUCCCUGCCCAGGGCCGCCGAGAUUGACGAGGUCUCCGACUGCCUCCUCGCCGCCGGCUGCGCAGACGCCCACCAGCAGGCCGACAUUCUCGCCAAGGAGUGCGCCCUACUCUUCCCUACCAACGCCGACCUGCGCCGCAAGAGGGCUGCCGUCGACGAGCCCGCCGUCACCUUCGCACCACGCGACGCCGACGCCGCCUAUCUCGCCGGCACCUCCGUCCCCACGCUCUUCCCUCGCUCCGCCAUGAGCGGCGAGGAUUGCUUCACUGUCAAGGACACAAAGACAAAGGAGUGCCAGACCGUGACAAACGGCGGCGUCGAGACCGAGACGGACUGCUCCACCAUCACCACCACCACCUCCGUCUGCGCCGCGGACAAGACCUGCUCGCUCGACAAGUCGGGCGACACUGUGUGCAUGGACCUGAAGAACUCGCUCGACGCCGCCGGCAUCGUCAUCGCCAUUGUCUUUGGCGUCCUCGCCAUCAGCGGCGUCGGCACCCUGACCUUUUUGUGCUGCAAGGACCGCAAGGAGCAGAAGCGUCUGCUCGCCAAGGCCGAGGCCACGGCCCUCGUCCGCGCCGCCACCAAGAAGAAGAAGGCCGACGAGGCCCGCGAGCAGCGUGCGCCCCUCAUGGCCCAGCAGCGUGCGCGGGACGCCAGCACCGGCAGCACCGACCCCUUUGCUGACCGGAACCGUUCUUAGGUGCAGCCGCCGGGAGGAGACUUGGGGUGAGGCAGUUGGCUCACUACUACGCCGGCCAUGCUGAGAGACGCCAGAAGGAAAACGGAAUGGGGUGGAUGGAGGAGCCGAGGACCGACCACGGGCACGGGCGUUUUUGUUUUCUUCGCCACAUUCUCGUGACGAACUGUUGAAUUACUACUACUACUUAGGCAGGCAGGCAUGUGUACUUGUGAUAUUUUAGAGGGGUAGCAUCAAG